UCUAGCUAAAAUAAAAACAUCAAUGUUACGGACUCAGAGUUCCUUCGAAGGUCACGAGGAUGAUUCCCCUUCUGACAACAAGAACAACCAUUAAUUUAGGCACAUGAAAUGCUAGUACAAUGUGGGAGACCGAGAGAAUCAUAGAAAUUGCUGCAGAAAUGAAAAGAUAUAACUUGGAGGUUGGACAACAAAGACUAGCUUCAGGUGAACUGCUGUUAUACUCCGGCCAUGAAGAAGAUAAUGCUCCACAUACACAAGGAGUUGCACUGACGCUACCUUUUAGCUGGUCAUCUUUUAUAUAUUUUUCAUGGUUUAAGCAGUACUUCUUAUUUGCUUUAUCAUUUGACCUUCUUCUUGUGAGCUUAUCUCCAAAACUUCGUUUAUCUUUACCGGUUCGUCCAUUUUGGAAACAAAGUGCCUAAUUUGUUUACGUUAAUUGCAGUUAUUCCCGAUUGAAACAGUCUAGUGUCAUUUUUAUUUACGAGAUGUCCUAGGGUUUUAUAGUUUCUAGAUUGUUUUGUUGAUGGUUUUUUUAUGCCUGGGUAUCUCAUGACUAGAGACUUGAGUUCAUAAUGUUUUCUAUAAGGUACUUUGACGAAUUUCAUUUUUUGGUUCCGAGAAUUCACGCGUAACUUGGUCACUCAGAAUUCCCGAAUGAAGCCCAUAACAACAAUUCAGCACGUGAUAAUUAAAACAUACAUAUUUCAAAACUUGUCCAAUCGCAAAAAUUAUUGCCUGUUACAUGUUUCUCCCUACUUUGUUUUGAAAGUUAAAUAAUUAUACCCUAAUUAUUUGUCCUACCGACUGUAAAUUAGGGAGCAGUUGGACAUAUAUCUCUAGAGCAUUCGAGGUAAUAAAGUGUUAUUAAGUAAAAAGUCGAGAAAAAAUUUUAAUUGAUAGUAUAAAAAGAGUAAUUCAAUAAAAUAUUAAUACAAAUCCUAACUUUCAUUGUUUUAGUUUUUGCGUUCCCAUAUUUACCUAAUGAAAGCGUUCAAAAAAUUCAUAUAAUUCGUCCUUAGUUUCUCAAGGCCAAAUUAACUAUUUACUAUUUAAAUAGAAUGAAAUUCCACCACUGAAUCUUGGAUGUCUUAAUAUUCUAUGUUUAUCUACUACUUUUUCAAUAACGCUUGUUUUAUUGUUCAUUUUAAUAAGUUCUUCUCCACAUUUACUUUAUUUUGUAGCGUCAAACGGAUUAAUAUUUG